AUUAUUGCUAAUCUCAUUCUGUUCGGAACCAGGUUUGGAUAUACAACCUCACAAGCAUGGCUGAAUUGGUUGUUUUAAGGUCACUGUGGAAUAAUUUAGGUACAGGUAAAUCAAUCUGUAAGCGUUGUUUGCAAACAAAAACAUGUGACUUAAUAGCAGUAAGACAAUUUUAUGUUACCAGCUCUUUGUUUGGUAAAAGACGACCUCCUGCAAUAGAAGAGGACAUUGAAAUUCCUGGUUUGGAGCGUAUCACUUUUGCAGACAGAAUGUAUCGCGUCCCAGGCUUAGCAGAGCCUACAUUUCCAGAAUGGAACAGAGGAUGGCGAGAUCCAUUCCAGGACCCAGGACCUAAAUAUGAAGAGAUGCCAUUAUUUAAGGAAAAAGCAUGUUACGUCUUUAAUCAGAAGACCAAACUUUUGGAAGGUGUAAAACAGGCUUUGUGGCUGACCAAAUCAAAAUUAAUAGAGGGCCUUCCCAAACAGAUACUGUGCUUAGCUGAAGACCCAGAUAGUCGCAUGGAAAAUGAGGAUGAUCGUGUACAAAGAGCUAUUAGCCAUGCUCGCUUCUGGGAUACAACAGAAGUUCGUCCAAGAAAGGAAAAAUAUUGUCCUGUGCUUUUGUCGAAUCUGCUGCAUUUAUGUAGGAUGUUGAGUCUCCGUUAUCCCUCACUGUCAAAGAGAAUACUGGCCGAAAACUACAAAGUGGCAGCCUAUUGGACAAGAGAGUCAUCUCUCUUUCAAGUUCGUGGCAUUAAUGGAUUGCUCUUAAACAGCACAAGUCCACUGGCACCACUGGCCACCCAAGAGGAGGUUCAAGCCACUGAAUCUCAUAUUCUGGAGACCUUUUAUCCUGUAUCUCCUACCAUUGACUUACAGGAAGUUCAUGUUUAUGAGGAAAAAAAUGACACUGGCUUUAGGCAAGGUUAUCCAUAUCCACAUGCUCAUACGUUGUACAUUUUGAACCCCCUUGAAACUUGUGCAAGAUUUGAACCAUACCAGCUUCAAGCCAAGAUGAUCAUGUUCGCCUUUGGGAAUCUGCUUGCCAGGGCCAGGCUUCUGUAUGGGGAGCAGCCCAGAGUGCUAGAGACUCCACUAGUAAUGCAGACUAUUGCUACAAAUGGAAGAAUGUUCCAGUUUGUUGUAUUCCAGUUAAACACCACAGACUUAUCCUCCAGUGAUGGCAAAAACCUGGUGUGGCUCGAUCGAGAUCAAGAGCUGUAUGCAUAUGCAAAAUGCCUUCCAGAAAUCAAGAAGAAAAUUGUUGUCGUUCCUGCUGGAUUAUCGGGAUACAGGCCAGAGACAUUCAGGAAGUUCCUUGCAAUGUACCUACAUGGAGCUGUGCAACCCUCUAUCAAAACAGAAGCUUCAGCUUCAUAAUUAGUUUGCUUAUACACAGUACUUUGAAAAAGCUCUGUGACAAAUAAAAUAUGGAAAACUGUC